UAGGUUGACGUGUUUUUAGCCGCGGAACGAGAAAAAUGGCGAAAUCGAAAUCUGCAAAGUGCGCGAAAAUAUCCCUUUGCAUUGUUGGUCAAUUUAGCUGUUAAACGGAAUAUCGAUUCUCCCUAGCUCAAUCGCAAAGAGAAUUUAUUUGGUGUUUAUCGUAAAACGUUUAUUUAAUCGGUAAUUUGGUGUUUUAGCUUUAAACGACCUUUAAGUCUGUUUGUACACAGCGGUGCGUAGUGCACUGUGGGACAGCAAUGGUGGGCGCGUGAUUUUGAACAAAUUCGAGAUAUCAAGGGAACGCGUAGGUAUGUACGAUAAAUCGUGGAAUUUCUUUCUGAGAGCAUUUAAAUGGCAUUGUAAUGUUUACUGUGACAUGUUUGCUAUAUGUAUAACAAUUUUAUCAUAAAUAAUGUGACUUUCGUGGCACGCCCCCACCCAACACUGUAAUAUCGUCAUGUCUUUAAAUAAAGGGCAUAAUGCGAGGGCUCUAGUCGAACCGCUAGCUCUUGAUUCCCGUACAUUGGGCGAUGGAGAUCUUAGUGCUCUAACUCUUUCACACAGCAAUGAACAGUAUUCGUCAAAUGAUUUUGAAGCAUUUGCGAAUAUUCAAGCUGAAUUGGAAUGUAUAAAUGCGGAAGAAGUCAUGGCUACUGACGAAGAACAAGUAAUGAUAGAGCAAAACAUUGAGGCUGAAACUGUUGUACCUGAUGUGGAAAUGUCUGACGUUUCAGAACAAAUUCAAGCAGAAGAAAUAGUUUUCACUAGUGCAAGUCAAAAUAAUCAAAAUAUUAUAUUUCAAACUAAACCGUCAUUACAAAGGGUUCCCGUAUCUGCAGUGCAGGUUAAACAAAAUAUUUGUGCAGCAACUCAAAGUCAAUCAAUCAUGAUAGUAUCUCCAGCAAGUGGACAAGGUACCAGCCAAAUUUUAAAAAUUUCUCAUCCGGCAUCGGCAUCUACUGGACAAUUACAAUCGAUAGCACAAACACUCAUAACGGCCAAACCUGCAGAUGGUAGUGUUCUGCAAUUAAGAUCAACACAGGCAAAUAAACCUCUUAUGGCAACUAGCCAUGCAGGAAGUAUUACGCUAAGCAAUUUACAAAAUGUAAAAACAGUGCAAACAGCCAAACGUUCAGUACAAAGUAAUCAACAAAAUCGGAAUGUUUAUACUAAAAUGAUAUUAACUGGAAGUCAAACACAACCAGGACAACAAGUUCUUAUAACAAGUUCACAGAAUGAAAUCCAACCAGCUCAAACAAUCAAGUUUUUAAGUAGUAAUGUAAGUAAUCAAAAUAUGACAAGUCCAACUAAAACUAUAACCUUGGCACAAGCACAACAUUUAGGAUUAUUAACUACAAACAAAGUUCAACAUAUAUUACCGUCAACUCCACAGAAACAGGGCAUUAUUGUCAACAAAUUACUUCAAUCCUCGACAUCUCAAUCAUCGAAAAUGACAAUAGUUCCCAGCAGUGCUGUUAAAUCCCCAACUAAAAUAUUACCAGCACCAACAAUUAAUUCUCAAGUUAAAACAUCAACAAUUUCUAAUCAACAAUCAGUAUUUUCUUCAUCAAGCAAAACGAAUAUGCAAACAAGUCCACAAAAAGUGAUUAUUAGACAGAGUUCUUUAAAGCCUGGAACGGUAUUAGGAAGUGGACAAGUUAUUCGAAUUCCUGCAAAUCAAAAUAUUGUAACUGGUUCCAAUCAAGUACAUCAAAUUCAAAUGCCAGGAAGACAGGUGCAAUAUGUUAGAUUAGUGAGUACUCCUUCAUCUGGUACUACCAAUGUCGUUACCGUAGGCAAAUCAAAAGCACAAACGACUUUGCAAACUGUAGGAGUAAGUCAAAAGUUAGGUGGACAACAACAAAUAGUAAAGGUUGUUCCUUUAAACACUGGUAAUCAAUCAUUAAGAACAGUAGCACCAAAGACUACAAUAACUGGAAGUAGUCAGAGGUUGUUAAUCCCUGCUGCUGCAACAGUAGGAAAUCAAUCUAAAAAUGCUGUUGCUAUACCAGCAUCUGCUUUAAGUCAAUUUGCAUCUGGUCAAGCUGUUCUUUCGGCUAAUUCCAAUGUUAGUAAUAUUGUUGUUCUGCCAGCACAGUAUAUACAGCAGCAGCAUACAGACGAUGGAAAAAUAAAAUCUCAGCAAUCCACUCCCAACUUAUUAGGAAAUACACAAAAUUUGCAAAAUAUAUCUAAUAAUUUAACAUCAGGAUCUAUAUCUGACAGUAAAUCAUCUCAGAGAUCAUAUUCAAAUGUUGAACCAAAUGGUAUUAGACCGAGGAAACCAUGUAAUUGUACUAAAUCGCAAUGUCUUAAAUUAUAUUGUGAUUGCUUUGCAAAUGGAGAAUUUUGUCAUAUGUGCAAUUGUAAUAAUUGUUCAAACAAUCUUGGCAAUGAAGUGGAAAGACAAAGAGCUAUCAAAUCUUGUUUGGAACGUAAUCCAAAUGCUUUUCGUCCAAAAAUUGGGAAAGGUCGUGAAACUGGUGAUGAUAUACGUAGACAUAACAAAGGAUGUAAUUGCAAACGAAGCGGAUGUUUAAAAAAUUAUUGUGAAUGUUAUGAGGCUAAAAUUCCAUGUUCUGCAAAUUGUAAAUGUAUUGGAUGUCGAAAUAUAGAAGAACCUACUUUAGAAAAAAAAUCUUUGAAAGAUUUGGCAGAUGCUGCUGAAGUAAGGACAGCACAGCUAACGUUAAAUAAAGCCAAACUGCAAUUAUCCGAAAUGGCUUUUAGACCGCCUGCUGUUUCAAAUACUGGUGCAAGGCAACCAUUUAAUUUUUUGACUGAUAAAGUAGUAGACAUGACUUGUCAAUGUUUAUUAGCACAAGCUUAUGAAGCUGAGCGUGAUAUGUUUGAUGAUGAAACAUCACAAAGACUUAUAAUCGAAGAAUUUGGACGAUGUCUCAAAGAAAUCAUAGAAUCUGCGCAUAAAGCAGAAGCUACCUAGCAGGUGCAGUUAAAAAGAAAUUUUUUUUUUAUUAUUACUAUUAUUAUUAUUACAAACGUCCACAAAAAUUGUACAAUUAAGAAUACAUUAAUUUUUCGUUUAUUUUAAGUAUAUUUUAAAUAUAUAUUAUUAAAAUAAAAUCGUGAAAAAUUCGCAAUGAAAAUGUUACAUACCAAAGAAUGCGAACGCAUGAUACAUCACAAUCGAAAGAAUUUUAUUUACAACAGCUAUAUCAUGAUGUUUUUCAUCUAACGCAAAACUUUUAGAGAAUUUGAUUUGAUUUGUAUACUUGAAUUGAACAUUUGGAAAUAACAAG